AUGGUCUUCGGCAUUGCGGGGAUUACCUGGCAGUUAUUCGGGCCGGCAUCUUCGUCCACAAAUCAAGAUACGAAGCCAAAUAGCACCAAUCAAGAGAUUGAGAAAAAUGGUUCCAAGAAGGGACGCGAAGGGACUUCUGGUGGGAGUAAUGUGAAUGCGGAUGCCUGUCGUUUGGUAAUGGUCGCUCUAGGAUGUGACAUUUUAUUUCCUGGACAAGCGCUAGGUGGAUUGAUGUUAGUGACUUGA